UAGUUGUUGUAGCAGUAGCAGCAGCAGCUAUAGUAAUAAUAUAUUAUUAUCCCAUUAUCUUUAUCUUCGCCAUGUUCGUCACAUCAUCAACUGAAUCAUCCCUGUCAUCAUCAUCAUCAUCAUCAUCAUCAUCAUCAUCAUCGUCAUCAAUAUAAAUUAUUAUUAUUGUUGUUGUUGUUGUGGUUUCCGUAGAAUUAGCGGUGUUGUAUGUGUCUGUACGCUCCUAUUUUGGCGUGAAGUACAACGAAUUCCCACUAAAGUUGCCAGCCGUCAAUUAGUAGUGGAUAGGCUGGAAUUAGAGAGACGGCUAAGCGAAUGGACUGAAGCACGAACGAGAACAAUCCGGCAACUCAACGACAUUGCUGACAAAAUAUCCAAAAGCAGACGCAAUUGCAAUUAUGCAAAAGCAACUGUAACAUGUUUGGCUUUCCUUGCAGAGUUUACUACUCUGCUGGCUAGUUUUUAUGGAAUCAAACUUCCUAUCAACGGGAAUACUAUUCGAUUGAUGCUGCGUGCAACUGAAAAAGUGACUGACCACACUGCUGAUUUCAUAGCCGAAACCAGAUCAAGCAGAGGGGCUCAAGAAGCUAAUAGAGUAAUCCAGGAAGACAUGAACAGACGUUUACUAUACUGCGUCAGCAGCAAGAGAGAUACUACCUCAGUCUGGUAAGAUACAUGGAAUUGGCAAGAAGCAUGGAUAAUGUGGUGGUGCGAUAUAGGAUAAAUGGUAACUACACAGAGGUAUUCAUAGCGGGUUGGAGCAUCGUUACGACGACAAUAGCAAACCUGAACAAUAACAAUAAUAGAGUGAAAACCGCCAUAACACAGUGCAUCACCUAUGGAAAAGUAAUUUCUGGUCUGUUCUCACGUAUUGAAUCACGUGGAUUAUUUGGAGGAGGAAAAACACCUAAGCAGACACAACCACCUGGAGAGACAACGCCACCUGGAAAAGCUGAAGUUGCGAUUCGCGUAUUAGUUAUGGUUGCAGAUAUUGCAAACAUUUAUCAACGCUUCAGUGAAAUUCUAGCCGGGUCGCCUGACGCAGCAGCAGAGGAGAUACGAAGAAUAACAAGAGACCUCGAGGAACAAAUACCUACAAUGGAUGACAUAAUAUUGGAGUCAUUAUUUAGAGCGUCAAACAAUAAUUUUGCAUUUAGGCCUUCUUGAAUAAAGAAAAUUUGUUUCUUAUACUAUUUACCUCAAAUAGUAAGUACAAUGCGUUACAUCCAAUUAAAUACCUCCUCCAUUUAAAUGACCACUUUUCUGCGGCUUUGAUUGAAUUCAUUUUAUGUGUACCUUUCAAAUGAUUCACUCUAUUUGAGACCAAAGACGAUAGUUUUUGCGGAUCCAACUAAAAUGUUACAUUCAAUUAAAUACAAUUAUAAACAAAGUAAUGCUAAUACAAUUCUAUAAUAAACGUAUAUAACCGUAACUUCAAACAUUAAAAAAAUUUUAGCCAAUGCACAUUAUAAGAUGAUAUUUUGUGUUUGUUUAGUGUUUUGUGUGUAUUGAAUAACGGUAAAUUUAGUGGUGAUGUUAGUAAUAUUUAAUGGAAAAUUGAGUAUAGGACUUGAGCUUUCCGAAAAUGGUUUAAUUAAGAAUAGGUAACAAUAUGAAGUACUAUAACUAUACAUCCAUUCUAAAACAUUUAAUGUAUUAGGCCUCUAUCUUAGGUGUCUUUAAUAAGUAGAGAAAUCUAAAAAAAAAAACACAUUUGCCCUUCCCGUUCAAUUAAAGACUACUUCUAAUUUAUAUAAUUGAUUGUUCAGUUUUGUACAGGCAUUGAAAUAAUAUAAAGACAAUGUUGUGUUUAUAUAUAUUGAAUAUCGAUAGUGUUUGUAGGACGUUGACGUUCAUUGUGGGGACAUAUUGGGGAAAGAAGCCAUGACUUGAUGCUUGGCUACAAAGAAAUAUUUUAUCAGUAAAAGCAUACAGUAAUCAACUCUAAAACACUUUAAAUAAACAUUAAAACUUAAUGCAUCAUAUCUUUAGAGAAGUCAACAUUUAGUACCGGCCAUUUAUUAGAGAUUACUUAGAUCAGACACUCAACUGAACAUUUUAAAAACUUAAGAUGGUACUUGUGCAUUAGAUUUAAAUAAAAUACUGUAUAAAUAUAUUUCAGUAAAUUUUAUAGAACCACA